AUGUCAAGUGUUCCUACUGUCCUCCCUUCUGAUGGGAAAUGUAAAGAACAACUUCAUAGUGAACGAAAUGGUGAAAGCUAUGAUCCUGUGAAGUGGAGUGAAUAUUUUAAUAUUCGCGAUGAUAUAGAACUCGAAGGGGGAACAUUUAGAAUCUAUCGUCGUGGUGUUGAAGGGCCCCUCCUUUUCUUUUUACAUGGUGGUGGUUUCUCAGCUUUAACAUGGGCGGUCCUAAGUAGUCUUAUUACUGAUCAAGUUAAGUGCCAAUGUUUGGCAGUAGAUAUGAGGGGCCAUGGCGAUACAAAGUGCACCAAUGAUGACGACCUAUCUAUUGACACUCUCUCGAAGGACAUAAUAAAAAUAAUAUUCGCUAUGUAUCCAAUGGAGGCUCCGCCAAUUAUCCUUGUGGGCCAUAGUAUGGGUGGAGCUGUAGCAGUACAUGUGGCAUGCAAGCGAACUAUCCCUUCCUUGGCUGGUCUUGUUGUUAUCGAUGUAGUUGAAGGAUCUGCUUUGAGCUCAUUACGUGGCAUGACAGCUUUCUUACGUUCUCGUCCUCAAAGUUUUUUUUCUUUACCUCAAGCAAUUGAGUGGAGCGUUCGGAGUUCGCAAAUACGUAAUGUAAAUUCAGCUCGUGUAUCUUUCCCUGGUCAGUUAAAGCGUAUCACAACUGGUCAGACUGCAACAAGCGAACUGGAUUCAGGGAUUGUGGUUCUUUCUAGAGCUGUUCCGUCUAUUCCUUCUCUAACUUCAACGUUAGAUGGUGGAGUCUGUUCUGUAAGUCGAUUAUCAAGUCAGCCAUUGGUUGAAGAUUCAGAAAUAGAUGACCCUAGAAGUUCGCAAAUCAAUUCUCAAAAUAAUUUAGAGGUUGAUCAAAAUUCAACAAGUCUUCCUAUCUGUUCUAAUGAUGUUGGCAGUUUACAAUACAAUACAGAAAAUGUAUCAGUGAAUUCGUCUAAAUUUUCUAGCCAAUCUACUGAAGAAUCGAUUCAUUCAAUAAGUGGUAGUACACUUCCUUCUUUUACUACUUCUACUAUUUCAAAACACUCUGGUUUAGUAACAUGUCAGUCGAAUUUUCCACAGUAUACUUGGCGAAUAGAUUUAAUUAAAACACAACCAUUUUGGAAAGAAUGGUUUUCUGGUUUGUCUAAACUAUUUCUAUCAAUACCUGAACCAAAAUUACUUCUGUUAGCUGAUGCUGAUCGAUUGGAUAAAGAUUUAACCAUUGGACAAAUGCAAGGUAAAUUUCAGGUUCGACUGUUCCCUCGCGCUGGUCAUGCUGUUCAAGAGGAUACUCCAGAGAGAGUUGCGGAAUGCCUGGCUAGAUUUCUAGUACACAAUCGAUUCACUGAAGCUCGGUCAGAUUCUUGAACAAUCAAUAUAGGUAUUUUAAUAAUGAUAAUAAUAAUACUGUUAUUCAACUUGUAAAUUUAUUUGUUCGUUUUUUUAUCUUCUAUGAUAGUUAUGAUACUGGAACAUCAAAUGAUACCAUGUUAACAGAUUUCUUAGAGAUUUAAAAAAAAACGUAGUUCUAAACUGAUUUAACACUAAGUUAUGGUAGUAGUAACCAUACUCAUGUUUGUGUAGUUCUUUGAUAUUGAUUGGAUUUUGUUGAAUAAGAUACAUGAGUAUGGGUUGUUGAAGAGUGACAUUUAACAAGAAACAUAACUUCAGAACUUUUUCCAAUCCACUAACUACCUAGAAUUUUUGAACAGCUAUGAAUCGGUGUUCAUGUUAAAAAUUCAUUUAUUCUUUAUCUUUCACUGAAACUUAGUGUUAUUCUGUUUGUUUCCUUUAAAAUAUAUUUUUAUAUCCUAUUUUCUACUAUUAUUGGUUUUAUCACUUUGUCUACCUUGUUUUCUAACAUUUUAUUUCCCAUUUGCUAUAAUAUAGCAUGCUCCUUUUUAUAUUGUUUAUGAUUGAUUUAUUGGUCUUUCAUUGUACGUUUUAUUCUGAUUACGUUGUUUUCCUGCUGUAUGUAAGUAGUUCAAUUUGUUCCUGGGAAUUAUUAUUGAUAAAGUGGGGAUUAUUUUGUUAUUAUUGACAUCUAAAUAUUGAUCAGUGUUUGUUGAUAUACGUAAAUUUUGUUCACCGAAUAGUUUAAACCGCAUGAAUUAUAGUGAGAAGGCUUUCAUUAUUUGGUGAGCAAAUUUUUAACAUGUCCCCUAUUGGAUUGGAAUCAAAAAUAAAAAAACCACUAGCUAAAAGACUAGUUUUUUUAGGUGGUAAAAUGAUAUACUUCCUUACAAAACAUUAACACGAAAUCAAUAUGAUAAAAUGAUUUGGGAAAAAUUAGUUUUCAAGUCACUUAAUUUCUAAUCAAUUAAGAUCUCUUAUUUGUACCCGUCAUAGCGACAAAUAAUUCAAGUUGUCUCUGAAUGAUUUUUACUUUUUUUUAAUCUAUUUAAAAAAAUAUAUGUAUGAUUAUAUACAUAAAUAUUAGGGAUGUUGCCCUCUUUCUUCUGUUAUCUACGUUGUAUCCUUUUUGUAUUCUGGUUUAUAUUUUUCAUUUUCCCUAUAUUCCUUUUUAAUAUUAGUGAUCGUCAGGUGAUAUUACAUCAUGUAUGGACGAUAAGCAUUGAAUCAUAUUCUUCGUUCUUUUUUUAAACGGAAAAGAAUAUACAACUUAGUAUUGUUUGUUUG